AUGGCUAAGGGAAGGAGACGCGGAGCAGAACUGCUGUUCGUCGCGCCCGCGCGCUCCGGCGAUGCCACUGACGACCUUCCCGACCUCGAAGAGGAUGACGUGUGGCUUGCGUUACAGGAUGAUGGUGAUCACAAAGAGUCUUCCGACGUCGAUGAUGACGACGGAGGCAGAGCUCCGGGUCGGCGAAUGGGCCGUCCGAACCGCGGACGCUGGGGAAGGCAGUUCGUCGGCGGGCUCACCCUCGCCUUCGAGGACGUUCGCACAGGGAAUUCGCAGGCGGGAUAUCACCCAUCUCAGCAGCGCGAGGGGCAUCGGGCGGCGGCGGCGUCAGUUCCCGUGAACGUGCCGGUCUGGCCAAAGUGGCUCCGAUCCGGGUCGCCGGAGGAGAGGGAAGCCGAGGAACAGGAGGAGGAGGAAUCCGGGGACGGUGAGUGGCUUCCGCCGCACGAGUACCUGGCACGGGCGCGGCGGUGGAGCGUGGCGACGUCAGUUUUGGAGGGCGUCGGCCGGACGCUCAAGGGCCGUGACAUGAGCCGUGUGCGCGACGCGGUCUGGAGUCAGACCGGCUUUCCCGGAUGA